UUCCAUGGCCCUACAGUGUAGGCUAAUGAAAUACAAGGAUAACCAGAGGUUUUCACAUAUUGACUUUUGCAUGCAAAUAUUACUUCAUAGGCCUAGCCAUGAAAAGGAAGGCUAAAAGUGGGGAUAUAACCAGCUUUUUUGCAAAGAAAAUUCCAACAAGUACACAAGAGGAAGAGCGCAAGGGAAAUGAGGGAGAAGGCAGUAAACUGGAGAGCCCAGGAGGGUCAGUGCAGGAAAAGACUGAAGGAGACACAGAAAUAAGUGACGAAGAAGAGGAAAUACAUGAAGGAGACACAGAAAUGAGUGAAGGAAAUGAGGAAAUAAGUGCAGGAGCUGAGGAAAAAGAAGAAUCAGUGAGAGAUGAAGAGGAGGCUCCAGAUUCAGAGAGAGGAACAGACGCAGGGAAUGAUCAGGAGGAGGAGGAAGAUGACAGAGAGGAAGAGGGUAGACCUGAAAUUCUCCCUGGACCACAUGAUAUAUCAAAAUGCAAAGGUGAUGCAGCAGUGCAGCCUGAUUUAAAGACAUUUCCAAAGACACAACAUGGAGCAGCAAAAAGAAGCUUCCACAGGGAGUGGUACAGUUCUUGGCCAUGGCUUGAAUAUUCCAUGUCUAAAGAUGCAGCAUUCUGCUUUGCAUUUUAAAUAAAUGUAAGUAGAAAU